AUGGCGAAGAAGAAGAGAGUGGUUCGAAAGCCUGCUUCCCACUCGCCGGAUCAUGGUUCUGUACUUGAUACGCAUGACGGAGAAGAUGUAGGAAAUGGUGCUGAUUCCUCAACUGGUCUGAAUCUCAUUGCAGGAGUGGUGAAUUCAGGAGAAAACAAUCCGACUACUUGUCGACAUGAGCAUCAGCCUGGUUUGAUGGAUGAUCCGAUCAUCCAAAGCAAUUCGAAUUGGGCUGAAGAGAUGGAGACGAUGCCGGAAUCUGAGAUCGGCAAGGGUUGUUACCAUGAAUCAGCGAAAUCACAUUGGCAAUCCUUUUCUAAGGAAAACAUGUUUGGUCGUGAUCCAAUGCUCUCCUAUUCUAAGCCUCUGAUCAAGAAUGGGAUGAGGAUUGCUCAAGUGGAUCCAGAAGAGGUGCUUAUGCAGACUGCUAGCUGGAGUUCGGCUGUUAUCUGCAUGGUUUUGGGAGCAAAUCCUCCUAUGGCAGUUUUUGAGGGUUUCAUCAAGCGAAUUUGGGGACAUCUUGGGAUCGCUCAAGUGGCUAGAAUGACAAUGGGGUUGAUUAUGGUUAGAUUCAAUGAUGAUGCUACAAGAAAUCAGGUCUUAGAGUCAGGGGUUCUUCAUUUUGAUCGAAAGCCUGUUAUUAUCAGGCCUUGGACUGCAGACUUGAAUGCUCUAAAGCUUGUGCAAUUUGUGCCCUUAUGGAUCCGAUUACACGACUUGGGUCUACAGUACUGGGGGAACAAGAGCUUAAGUGCCUUAGUUAGCACUAUUGGGAAACCAAUUAUGGUUGAUCAACAUACUAAGGAUCGUACUAGAGUCCAGUUUGCUCGGGUCUUGGUUGAGAUGGAUAUUACGGAUUCUCCUCCUCGUAUUAUCCAAUUUCUUAAUGAACAUGUUCAGUUAGUGGAGCAGGGCAUUGAUUACGAAUGGCUUCCUGUGAAGUGUAAGAGUUGCUCAGGGUAUGGGCAUAUUAUGGCUGACUGCCGUAAGGGGGAAAUGAUUACUAAAGGGAAACUGAAAGUUGCAGAAAAGGUUGAAGCAGCUUCCAAUGCUCAGGAUCUAAAGACUUCGGUGGAGGUGGCAAGGGUUAAUCCUGAUGUUCAGCUGGACAAUAAAGUUAAGGCACCACCUACUCAGGAUAAAGAAUGGCUUGUUCCUAAAAUAAAAGUUCAAGCAAAGGGGCAAGGAACUCAAGAGUAUGCUAAACCAGGUUCGGCUAGACAGGAAGUGAAGACAUCUGGGAAUGCUUUUAGCAUUUUGCAAGAUUCAGGAACUAGUUUGAAGAAGGGUUCAGUGCCCACUGUGGCAAAGGAGUUAGGAGUUGGAGCUUUGAUUGAAACUAAGUUGAAGGAGAAAAAGGUAACUGAAAUGAUGAUGACUAAAUUCAGUGGCUGGGAUUACUAUAAUAGCCCAGUUAUUGAGGGCCGGUUGCUUAUUAUUUGGAGGAAGAAAUUUGUCAGAGUGAUUGUCAUCUCUGAAUCCACUCAGUUUGUGCAUUGCUUUGUUAAAAUGACAGGUCAGGAUGGUGCUUUUUGUGCUACAUUUGUGUAUGGGUUAAACACCAUUGAUGCGAGGAAAAGUUUAUGGGAGGACCUUUUGAAGCUUAAAUUUCCUGUUAAGCCCUGGAUUCUGCUUGGAGACUUCAAUGCAGUGUUCAAUUGUGAUGACAGAGUUGGUGGGGUUCCUAUUGCUAUGAAGGACUUGAAUGAUUCUAAUUUGUGGCUAGCUCAGCCUCAGGUGGAAGCUCUCAAAAGGACUGGCUCAUUUUUCACUUGGUCUAACAACCAAGAAGGAGCUAAUAGAAUAUAUUCGCGAAUAGACCAUGCGUUGGUUAAUGAGGAUUGGCAUGACACUUUCCCUCAUUCUUUUGCUCGUUUUGCUUGGGAGACCUCAUCUGAUCACUGUUCUUGUGUCAUUGCUGCUUCUAUAUCAGAGAAGAUUGGGUUCAUACCUUUUCGUUAUUUUAAUUUCUGGGCUGAUCAUCAAGAUUUCAAAGGGACUGUUUUGGCCAGCUGGGAGAAACCUUUGGCUGUUAAGGGUUUGAAAGGUCUUUAUUAUAAACUCAUGAGAUUAAAGCAUUCUCUCAAGAAGUUUAAUAAGACAGCUAUUGGUGAUGUGGGGAAAGCUUUUACUGAUGCCAGGAAUAAAUACACUGAAGCUAGAUUUCAGGCUCAAAUGCAUCCGAGUGUUAUAGAGUACCAGAAUUUAGAGAAGUCUGCAGCUGAGAACUUAAGCAGGUUUGAAAAGAUGUACUUCAACUUUUUGAGACAACGUAGUAAGAUUAAUUGGCUUCAACAAGGGGAUGAGAACUCUGCCUUUUUUCAUGCCUAUCUGAAGAAAAGAAAGGUGGAGAACAGGAUUGCUACUUUUGUUAAUGACCAGGGGAGGAUAAACGAUAAGUUUUCUGAAGUAGUAGAUCACUUUUUAUCUCAUUUUCGUGGGUAUAUGGGGAGCAGAAGUACCACUACUAUGAAACUUAACUGUGAGUGUAUAGAAAAGGGUGCUAAGCUUAGCUUGGAGCAACAACUUGCUGUGCUGAAACCGUUCUCUAGCAAGGAAAUAAAACGUGUUCUGUUCAGUAUUCCGGAUGAUAAGUCCCCAGGGCCAGAUGGAUAUGGUUCGGGGUUUUUCAAAACCAUGUGGCCUGUUUUGGGAGCUGACUUUUGCAGUGCCAUAAUGGAUUUCUUCAACUCAGGGAUUAUGCCUGCUGAAUUUCAUGCCACGAUGAUAUCGUUGAUCCCUAAGAAGGAUAGCCCCUCUAGAGCUAUUGAUUAUCGCCCCAUUGCUUGUUGUUCUACAGUUUAUAAAUGCAUUGCCAAGUUAAUGUGUUUGAGGCUUGCGGAAGUACUGCCUUCAUUGGUCAACCAAAACCAAGGAGCUUUCAUUAAGGGUAGGUCUUUAGAUCAUAAUGUGAUGAUAUUGCAAGAUCUUCUGAAAAACUAUCAAAGAAAGCUUGUUUCUCCGAGAUGCACUAUAAAAAUUGGCAUAAGCAAAGCUUAUGAUACAAUCAGCUGGGAAUUCCUUGAAGCUUUGCUUACAGCUUUCAACUUUCCUAGUAAGUUUGUUCAGAGGGUGAUGAUCUGUGUUCGGUCUACUACCUAUUCUCUGUCUAUGAAUGGGAGGGUGCAAGGUAGCUUCAAAGGUGAGAAAGGGUUGCGGCAAGGUGACCCUUUAUCCCCGUUACUCUUUGUUCUUAUCAUGGAGUACCUGACUAGAAGACUUCAGCUAGCAACGAAUCACUCUUUAUUCAGAUUUCAUCCUAUGUGUAAGAGUCUAAAUCUCAUCAAUCUCUGCUUUGCAGAUGAUUUAAUUCUUUUUAGCAAAGGUACUAGACAAUCUCUGUUAGUUAUAAAGGAAAUUUUGGACGAGUUCACCAACACUUCAGGGCUAUCUGUCAGUAAAGAUAAAUCGCAAAUCUUCUUUGGUGGUGUUCAGGCAUCUGAAAGGAGUAGUAUACUUGCUGACUUUCAACUCACAGAAGGAGAUUUCCCUUUAAAAUAUUUGGGAGUGCCUCUUAGGCCUACUAGAUGGAGAGCUGAAGAUUGUGGCAUUAUAAUCAAGAAAAUACAUCAAAGGUUGCAUUCUUGGGCUAGUCAGCAUUUAUCUUUUGCUGGAAGGAUCCAAUUAAUUCACUCUGUGUUAUUUGGCCUUCGCAACUACUGGAUGAGCAUCUUUGUGCUUCCUCACAGUGUGACUAAGGAAGUUGAGAAAUUGUGUAGGGGAUUUUUAUGGGGCACUAAUGGAACUAGGAGCAAAAUUCAUGUUGCCUCCUGGGAUAAGGUUUGUCUUCCGAAGUCUUAUGGGGGACUUAGCUUCAAGAAUGGGGUUAAUUGGAAUCGAGCUAUACUUGCGAAAUUCAUCUGGGCCAUUUCUGAUAAAAAUGACCUGCUGUGGGUCAAGUGGAUCAACUCCAUCUACCUUAAAGGGGCUCCUUUCUGGUCGUAUGAACUUAAACCAGACACUAGCUGGUACUGGCGCAAGCUCUGCUACUUGAGACGCUGGUUCCCUAAAGCAGAUGUUGAAGCUGCUGGCUGUUUUGGAAAAUUCAAAGUUGCUGCUCUCUAUAACAGUUUAAUUCCUCAACCUCAGGUGUGUCCCUACUAUAAAGCUGUUUGGCACUCAUUGAAUGUUCCUAAGCACCGAUUCAUGCUGUGGAAAAUAGUGAAUUCCCAGCUUCUUACCAGGGACAAUUUGGUUCGUUUUCAUCUUGAUUUGAUCACUUUGGAUUGCCCUGUCUGUGGUAUCAGCCCAGAAUCUCAUGAUCAUCUGUUCUACAGAUGCAGUUUAUCUUCUCAAAUUGUUGACCAGAUUUUUUUUUGGUUAGGAGUGGCUGCUUGGCCUAAAGAUUUCAGAGGUUGGGUUAACUGGCUGAGCAUGAGGAUGACCGGUUUGGUGCACUGCAUCAGGGUCACUGUCCUGGCAGCUGUCAACUACUAUAUUUGGCUUAAUAGGAAUCAAUGCCUGUUUGAGGGUUGUUCUAGGUCGAGUUUACAUAUUGUAAAUGAUAUUAAAACUGUAGUGAAGUAUAGAUUACAUACUGUUAUACAUAGGAACCAUAGUAGACUUGAGAGAAAUUUGAACUCUGCUAAGAUGUCGCUCAGAAGGUCCGCUCGCACCAAUGCUAAUGUCUCCAACGUUGCUCCUGAGAGCAAUGAAUCCCCUCCGGUUCAUAGAAGGGCAGUGCGUGCUACUACCAACCAAAAUGUGCCGCCGCUGCCGGUUGACAACUCUACAGAAAUUGCCAGACUACAAUAG